AUGCGUGGAGAACUUCCGCAACUCCACUUAAUUUCAGGAGUUGAGAUACCGGACUUGAUACCUGACUACCGUAGUACCAAUUUGGAAGAAGAUUGGAGAAAAUUUUACGAAGAAAUUACUAGACGUUUCCCAGAAGAAAAGGAUGAUGAAAAGAAAGGAAAAGACAACGGUAAGAAAGAAGAUGGCGACGAGAAAGAAGACAAGGGAAGUACCACAAAGGGAGACGAGCGAGAAAAACAAGACACGACUGAAAGCAGUAUCAUAAAAGGAAAAAAACGGAAAGAUCGCGUCAUCGCUGUGGCGGCUUUUAUGGGAGGUUUCAAUGCUUUAACAGUCUGCGCAAUUGUAACGUUCUUUAUUUGGUAUAAAAGUUACGUGAAAAAGCAAAAGCAGAAGCAAGUCAGUUCGCAGGCGGCUGAUGAACAAGCAAGUGAAUCUUCUUCAACAAUACCUGGUGCUCCUUCACCUGUAGCUGCCUCACCAGCGAGAGCUCUAGGCGCUACUCCAAAAGCAGCCUCCUCUCCAAAACCAGUUGAACAGCAAUCUGUCAAAGGAUUUCCAGGAGUUUCCUCAGGACCACCUAAAGCACCAGCACCUGCAGCUCCCGAGCAGUUUGUUCCGGAGGGUAUUGUACCUGAUCCUGCUCCACCACCUGAUUCGCUUGACGUUAAAUUUUGA